CAAAGGAUGAAAGUAAGGUUACAAGGUGUUCAGAGUCAGGCGACGUUCAGAAAGUCAUUUCACAGAAUAUCAUUACAACUGAGAAGCUAAGACAAUUGGAGGAUUACAAAUAUUUGAAAACAACUAAAAAGAAACAUGGGCUUAGUUAAGGUACUCUUUGCAGUUCUUGCCGCUAUUCUAGUGUUGGGAAUAUCAAACAAUGGACCAAUUCACCAAGUAAAUGCUAAGGUUUUGAAAGCAAAUAACGCCAGUGCCGUUUUCAGUCCAUGGCGGUAUACUCCUGUUCCUGUUGGCCGUUAUCAUAAAAGACUAAUUAACGGACACCAAAUAUUUCUUCGAAUAUCUAAUGAUAAAAUAAAUGGCAGUACGACCUGCAGCGAUCCUUACGUUCCUGUAGAAAUUGAGAAUUUCAGGAUGGGACAGCUUAAAUUUGGGAGAAUAAAGGGUAUACGGUCUGGAAAGUAUUUGGCCAUGAACAUCAAUGGAGAUCUUUAUCCAUCGACGAACCCCAACGACGCCGAGGUUAUUUUCAGGAUAACGAGACCGAACUAUCAAUAUAUUUCAUCUCACGAUUAUUAUCGAAAAACGUUGUAUGAUACAUAUGUAGGGAUAAAACGAAAUGGCAAAGCAUUGAAUGGCUGGAAGACAAAGAAAAAUAAAAAUACUAGGUUCUUCAUAAUUGCACCUAGUAGGUGUUAGUCAUCAGACACGAGCUGAUGCUUUAAAAUGAUAAUGCCGAAUAAAACCAUUUAAAAGUUAA